AUGUAUUUUGUGUUUCUUUAUCAUUUAUUUAUCUUUUUCUCUUGUUAUUUUGUGUUUGAUUUGAUUUAUCUCUUUCUUCUUAUCUCAUUGAUUUCAGUUGAAUUAUCAUUACCUCUUCUUUCUCUUUAUUUCUUCUUUCUCUUUCUUUUAUUAUUAGUUUGUCAUUUUCAUUAUAUGAUUGUAAAUGGAUUGUUCUUUUUAUUUGUGUUUUCAUUUAAUUUCCUCUCUUUUUAUUUUGUAUUGAGAGUAAACAAUAAUCAAUAUUUAAAUAAGAAGAAUAUAACAACUAAAUUACAAUAUAUUUCAAAUAAUUCAAAGAACUAUUAUUUCAUAUUAUGGAUAUAUCAAAAUUACCAAACACUAAAAGAUGAUGAUUAUAAUACAUUUGUAUAUUUAUUGUAUGAAUAUGUUUUCUAUCGUCAAAUUAAUUAUCGAUAA